GCGACGCGAUCGGAAGUGCGUACAACAGAGGCAAACAGUCCGAGUGCCUGACCCCAUCAUUACAACUGCCAUAGUGGCAACUAUCGCUCGAGCUUUCGUUCCUCAUGUCGCAAAACUUGGAUAGAGCUAUCGAGAUAGUGCAGCGUGCUAUAGAGGAGGACACAAGACAGAACUAUGCGGAGGCAUACAAGCAAUACAACAAUGCUCUUGACUAUUUCAUGCUGGCUUUGAAAUAUGAGAAGAACCCUUCCUCGAAGACGCUGAUACGAACAAAGUGUGAGGAGUACCUUGCGCGGGCGGAGACAUUGAAGAAGCAUCUGGAGGAGGUGGAGACGAAGAAAGCUAAACGAGCGGUUGGAGCAAAUGGAGUUAGCAACGGAAAGAAGAAGGAGGGAGAUGAGGAGGACGGCGAUCCCGAGGUCAAGAAACUGCGCGCGGGCCUUACAAGUGCGAUCUUGAUGGAGAAGCCGAACGUCAAGUGGGACGAUGUUGCUGGGUUGGAGGGCGCGAAGGCAGCCCUGAAGGAAGCCGUGAUCCUGCCUAUCAAGUUCCCCCAUCUGUUCACGGGCAAGCGUACACCAUGGAAGGGUAUCUUGCUGUACGGGCCACCGGGUACCGGAAAGUCGUACCUCGCAAAGGCUGUCGCGACGGAGGCCAACAGUACAUUCUUCAGUGUCAGUUCUAGUGACCUUGUCAGUAAGUGGCAGGGUGAUUCCGAAAGAUUGGUUCGACAACUUUUCGAGAUGGCACGAGAAUCCAAACCCUCGAUCAUUUUCAUUGAUGAAAUCGACUCCCUGGCUGGCACGAGAAAUGAGGGGCAGUCGGAAGGGUCAAGACGUAUAAUGACAGAGUUCCUGGUACAGAUGAACGGCGUAGGUCACGACGAUACGGGAGUGUUGGUCCUGGGCGCUACAAACAUACCCUGGCAUCUGGAUAAUGCCAUCAAACGACGCUUUGAAAAGCGGAUCUAUAUACCUCUGCCUGGGCCUGAAGCUCGCAAACGAAUGUUUGAGCUCCAUGUUGGGUCGACACCAUGCGAGCUAACACAGAAGGAUUACCGAUUCCUUGCCGAUAGGACAGAUGGUUAUUCUGGAUCGGAUAUUUCCAUCGUGGUUCGCGAUGCCCUGAUGCAACCCGUGCGGAAAGUCCUUUCAGCGACACACUUCAAGAAGGUGGAGACCGAGAGCGGAAUCAAGUGGACGCCAUGCUCGCCCGGGGACCCGGAAGCCGAGGAGAAGUCGUGGUCGGACUUGUCCGGCGACGAGCUGCUCGAGCCGCCGCUGAAGCUCUCGGACUUUCUGAAGUCGCUGGACAGCGUCAAGCCGAGUGUGACGGAGGCGGACAUCAAGCGGCACGAUGAUUGGACAAAGGAGUCGGGUGAUUCGGGGGCAUGACAUAUGUAUCGUAAAUAUUGGCUAUCGCUAUUCGCAUGUACGACUGUAUUGUUUCGACUUGUAGAAGACAUUGACCACAGUAAUCAUCGGUUCAUACAUGGGCUUGGGCUUCACCCAAGUCAGACACGGC